UCUCUCUCUCUCUAAUAUCGCUCCCUGCAGCCACUCAUCCGCCUUCACAAUCUGGGCUUCAACCUCAGCUGGACUUUAAGCUCACAGAGAUCGUUUUCACGUCUCUCCGCGUUUAAAAAAGCAAAAUCAGCGCGUGACUUUCACUCCGGAGCGACGACGGCUGAUAUCACACUUGUGAGGAUUUUCGAUAAACGCAGCGUUAGAAAAAUGGAGCGUUGUUUUUUUUCUGUGUGGCAGAUGAGCAUGGUGAUGACGCUCAUGUUUUCUGGAAUUCAGGCAGAAUCAAGUCAGUCUCAGAGUGCAUACUUCUUGCCUGAGUUCGCUCUCUCUCCACAAGGAAGCUUUCUGGAGGACACAACAGGAGAGAAGUAUCUCACAUAUCGCUAUGAUGAUCAGACAUCAAGGACCACACGCUCUGAUGAGGAGAGGGACAACGGAUGGGAUGCUUGGGGAACAUGGAGCGAUUGCUCUCGCACCUGUGGAGGAGGAGCCUCUUACUCUUUACGGAGAUGUCUCAAUGGAGGGAAUUGUGAAGGAAGAAACAUCCGUUACAGGACAUGCAGCAACACAGACUGCCCUGCAGAGUCAGGUGACUUCAGAGCUCAGCAGUGCUCCGCCCACAAUGACAUCAAAUACCAGGGACAGACAUAUGAGUGGAUUCCAGUGAGCUAUGACCCGAUCUCGCCCUGUGCACUCAAGUGUCAGGCUCGAGGGAAGAGCUUAGUGGUGGAACUGGCACCUAAAGUGCUGGAUGGCACUCGGUGUAAAACCGAGUCUCUGGAUAUGUGCAUUAAUGGCAUAUGCCAGGAAGUGGGCUGUGAUAGGCAGCUGGGCAGCAACACUAAGCCAGAUAACUGUGGAGUGUGUGGAGGAGACGGCUCGAGCUGCCGCCUGAUCCGAGGCCAGUCACAGAUACAUGUGACGCUGGAGGAACCCUUGAAGACGGUGGUUGAGGUUCCUCUAGGAAGCCGAGGUCUGAGACUCACAGCCAAGGGUCCUGACAUCCUAAUGGUUGAAGCUCACAGUCUAAGCGACAGGAGAGAAGAACUGGUGUUGAGUUCUCCAGGCUCAUACAUGCUGGCCAACAGCACUGUGGAUUAUCAGAGGGGAAGAGAAGCUGACAGACAGAUUCUGCGCUGCCAUGGGCCACUCACUGCAGACUUCACCAUCAAGGUGAAGUAUGUGGCUCCUAAAGACACAGUGGUCAUGUUCAUGUUUUACCAGCCCAUCCGCUAUCAGUGGAGAGAGACAGACUUCUUCCCCUGCUCUGUAAAGUGUGGAGGAGGCUACCAGCUAAAUUCGGCUGACUGUGUGGACAUCCGCUACAACAGAACUGUCGCCGAUCAUAACUGUCACAGCUAUACGGAGAACACUAAACCCAAACCCAAGCUGAAGGAGUGCAACAUGGAGCCCUGUCUCGAAAGUGAUGGCUUCAAAGAGGUCAUGCCUUACGAUCACUUCCAGCCUCUUCCACGGUGGGAGCAGAACCCCUGGACAUCAUGUUCGGUAUCGUGUGGAGGCGGAAGUCAGGAGCGCAGUGUGGUGUGUGUGGAGGAGGACAUGCAGGGCAAGAUUGUUCAGGUUGAGGAAUGGAAAUGCACACACUCCCCACGGCCUGUCUUCAAACAGAGCUGCAACAAUUUUGAGUGCCCAAAAUGGUUGGCAAUGGAAUGGUCUCAGUGUACAGUAACCUGUGGCCGGGGUUUGCGGUACCGUGUGGUUGUGUGCGUGGAUCACCAAGGAGAGCACACAGGGGGCUGCACCUCUGAACUCAAACCCCACAUCAAAGAGGAGUGCUUAGUGCCAAUCGCAUGUCACAAACCCAGAGAGAGUAUGCCCGUAGAGGCCAAAGUCCCAUGGCUAAAACAAGCCCAAGAAUUGGAGGAGACCAGAGUGGCCACUGAAGAGCCAACCUUCAUCCCCGGCCCGUGGUCUCCCUGCAGUGUGUCUUGUGGCACGGGCAUACAGAAGCGCACUGUGAAGUGCAGAGUGUUUCUCUCCUUCACUCAGGCUGAGGUGGACCUUCCAGAUGAGGAGUGUGGCGAGAAUAAGCCUCUCCUCCAGAGAUCCUGCACCCUCGAAGACUGCUCCAAGCUGCCAGAUCCUCCACAGCACCCAGAGGAAAAUCAGAAUAAAUCCAAGAAAAACUAUGUUUGGGAGUAUAGGGGUUUCACAGCAUGCUCAGUCUCUUGUGCUUUAGGCAGGCAGAUGGCUGUUAUUCGUUGUGUAAGGGCUGGGCAACGGGAGCUAGUGGAGGAUACACUCUGUGAUGAGUCACUCAAACCCCACACUAUCAUGCGCAUGUGCAACCCUCAGCCUUGUCCUGCCAGAUGGGAGGUGAGCAUGUGGAAUGCAUGCUCAGUAGCAUGUGGCGUCGGGCUACAGACGCGCAGUGUAUGGUGUGUGAAGUCUCCUGGAGCCAAUCACAGUGACCCAGUGUCAAACUCUGAGUGCCAAGGACCCCGCCCUACAGAGGUUCAGGCCUGCAAUCAGGUGCAGUGUGUCCCCACCUGGGAGACUGGCGAGUGGCAGGAGUGCUCCAGUUCAUGUGGGAGAGGAACGCAGUGGCGUAAGGUUUACUGCAGGCAACGUUUGGCCACAGGGAGCUAUCGCCACCUGCAAGACAAGGAGUGUGAUGGAGUUAAACCCGAUACACACCGCCCGUGUGUAAGCACGCAGUGCCUAAAACCCCACCUAGUGGGUGGGGAGUGGUCCAAGUGCUCUGUGACAUGUGGGAAGGGAAUCCAGCGCAGAGAGCCUGUGUGUAGGAGGCAGACAGCAUCUGGUCAGCUGGUCACACUGGAUAGAUCUGUGUGUAUCGGCCUUCAACCUCCACCUCUAAUCAGGAGCUGCCGAAUGAGUCCCUGCAACAAGAACAAGUAUUUCAAGAAACGUUGUCCUCAGGUACUGGGGAUCAAACGCAUCUACAUCCAGACAAAACAAGAGAAAAGGCUUAGCUUCACAAUCGGUGGACGUGCUUAUCUUUUCCCAAAGACAUCAAUUGUUAUCAAGUGUCCUGUACGCUAUUUUCCCAAAGCCCAGAUUCGCUGGGAGAAAGAUGGUGUGGACCUUCAAAACUCCAAACAUCUGAUCAUCACAAAAUCUGGAGCCUUAAGGAUCUAUAGCCUGGAGGUUGGAGACAUUGGGCAGUAUCGCUGCUGGGCUAACCAAGAUUCAGACAUCUUCAUUCUAAAGCUGAUAGGCCAUGAUAACAGGCUGCUAGAACAUCCUGAGGGUAAGAAAUUGGUAAAGCAGAAAAUCAGCAGCAGCUCCAGAACUUUCUCUAACAAGGAGAGAGGUUUUGUUAGUUCCAAGUGCCAGGACCAGGACAAGGAGGAGUUUCCUCUGACUAAGAAGGUUCAGAAACAUGGUCAAAGCUGGUUGCAAAAGAAUGAGCUAUAUCUGGAUGAGGACCAAAUGAAGGAGGCUGGGGAUCCCAUGGAUUUAGGUAACUAUCUUCUAGCAUCUACUUCUACUAGUGACUCUGUGAUUUCAGCAGCUUCUGGAGCCUAUACCCUGGAGCCAGCUGAGUUUGAGGAACUGGUCAGAAACAUCAGCCAGCUUACAGAAAGUGGAGAUUUGACAGAUGAUCUUGCCUCUCAGCUUAUUGGCAAGCUGAUGGAGGAGAUAGCAGCAUCCCAGACCGUAACAGACGAGGAGACAAUCCAAGCGGAAAGCAAAAAUCUAAACAGAACCCCUAACUCCUCUGAACACUCUGGAGGGAAGAGUUUGAAGAGCAGAGCAGUUAUCGUUCGUCAUACCCCACAUAGGUCUACCAUGAGCUUUCAGAGAGACCUCAAUAUCAAUGUGGGAAGGCCUGCCUACAUAACCAAUGCCACUCGAAGCCUGACACUUCACUGUUCAGCUCAGGGUAUCCCAACACCUACCGUGUCCUGGACCAAAGAUGGACUACCACUGCAAGCCAGCACUGGAGGACUGCACAUCGCGAGCCCUGGCGCUAAAGAUGUUGGAAUCUACAGGUGCACAGCAAGCAACGAAAUGGGAUCUGAUUCAGAAACAACGCAGGUGCUAUUGGCUGAGCACCCUGCCAUCAUGACUUCUUGGAAGAACAUAUCUGACCUGCAGAGUGCCAAUCUGAAAGUGGUAGUAGGAGGCAGAAUAAGAACCCAUAUAGGUUCCAAUCUCACUCUGGACUGUCCAGUUACAGGUGUUCCUCAGCCGAAUGUAAGCUGGUACCGUUUAGAGGGCAAGCUGAGUGCCAACAUCAUUUCACUCCCAAAUGGCUCUCUGCUACUUCACAAUCUCAUGCCGCAAGAUGACGGCACCUACAGCUGCAUAGCCUCCAAUCCCAUCGGCAAAGCUUCAGCCUCUAGCAGGAUCCACAUGGCUGAUGUCAAUGGGGCAGCAUCUAAUGAGAAAAGCUCCUUGUUGAAGGAUGUAAACAGGAAACGAGUCGUGAUGGCUUCACGCGCUGGAACAGUCAUCACAGUCAGACCUGGGGACAUCCUUAGGAUCGGUUGUCCAGUAGUCCCAAGUCAUAGGAAACCCAUCAAAUGGUCAUAUGAGAAUCAAACCCUGAAGCAGACACCAGACCUACACUACCGCUCACUUGCUGCAGGUCGCAUUCUUGAAGUACACACUCUGAGCAGCAGGUUUGAAGGACGCUUUGCAUGCCAAACCCACACCAACAAUCAGAUGAUCUCUGCCUGGAUUCACUUUCUCUCACAAGAAUUUGAGUGGCGUUUGGCUGACUGGAGUGUGUGCACUGCUAGUUGCGGAAAUAAAGGAUCUCAGAGCAGGAAGGUUCACUGCGUAAGUGGCAGCGGGCAUGAGAUGCCCCCAUCAUCCUGCCAACAUCUUCCUAAACCUUUCUCCCUUACACGGCCGUGUAACCUCCACGACUGUCCUCCCAGCUGGGGGUCCACCGUGUGGUCCAAAUGCUCCACGUCAUGUGGUCGCAGUUUCCGGCAGAGGCGGGUGUCAUGCCAGCGUCUGGAGGCCAGCGGGAGCAUUCGAGUUUUGGCUGAUGCAGCGUGUGAAGGAAUGUCACGCCCUGAACACAGAGAGCCAUGUGUUUCAGGAGCUUGUGCUGAGUGGAUCAGCGGACCCUGGGGACAGUGCUCGGGCCGCUGUCUCGGUCCAGCUGUAGCGACUCAGAGAAGAACAGUAAUGUGCAAGAAACUGAACGGCUCAGACCCCAACACGGCCUGUGACCCCAGAGAAAGACCGGCCUCGGUAAGGAACUGCACAUCAGAAAUGUGCGAUGUUCACUGGAGGGUGUCACCAUGGCGAAUGUGCACUGUGACCUGUGGAAGUGGCUUCCAGUCACGCAGGGCCGAAUGUGUACAUCGCCAUAGCAACAAGACCCUCCCUGACCUCCACUGCGCCUGGCAGCGUCGUCCUGUCACCUGGCAACACUGCAACAUCACUUCCUGUGGCAAUGAGUGUAUGGACACGACACAUUACUGCGCAGUGGUGAAACGACUCAGCUUGUGUCCUAUUGAACUGUAUACACAGAGAUGCUGCAAGUCCUGCUCAGAAGACUCGGGCACUAUCUAGUGCUUGCCGAUGGAACAUCUCAAGCUUUUACAGCACAUUGACUCCUGAACACUGCUCUU